AAAGACUACCAACUUCUACCUUUUCACGGUUGCCCUUCCUUCGACAGUCUGCAAUUUAAACACGCUUUGUGAGUCACCGCCACAGGCUGUGGUUCAGACGUGGAGCCUUUGAACACUUCAGCUCAAGGUGGAAGCAACGUCAACACUCCAGCUGACAGACAGGGGCCCUUUGAAGUUUAUUGAUCAUAUAUUUUAGUAUUAAAGCCUGCAACAUAUUUCAUGGGGAACUGCCUUUCUAAAAGGGAACCGGAUCGGAACAUUUCAGCUCAGGGUAGAAGCAAUGUCUCUGCUCCAGUUGUGUCAGAAAGUAGAGCUCAGAGGGACAUCAACAUCUCCAGCAACGUCCAUCAUCACUAUGGUGCUGAGACCUCAACACCAGCACAACCAGCACAGAAGACUGAUGGGCUGUUUUCAAGAUGCCAACAAGAACUCAAAGACAAGCUAUCCAAGAAGUUCCAUAAUGUGCAUCCCGUCAUCCCAAGGCAGGGAGGAGCUACAUCUCUGGAGGAGAUCUACACAGAGCUCUACAUCACAGAGGGGGAAUGUGAAGAGGUCAGUACUGAACACGAGGUCAGACAGAUUGAGAUGACAUCCAAGAUAAAGACAACUAAGAGGGAAACACCAAUCAAACCCACUGACAUCUUCAAGUGCUUAUCUGGGGAAAAAAAACACAUCAGAGUAGUUAUGACAAAGGGAGUUGCUGGAAUUGGAAAGACAAUCUCUGUGCAGAAGUUCAUUCUGGACUGGGCCAAACCGGAUCAAGAGGGGGCCAAACCGGAUGAAGAUGGGGCCAAACCGGAUGAAGAUGGGGCCAAACAGGAUAUCGACUUCCUGUUUCCAGUGUCUUUUCGGGAGAUAAAUCAGAUGGAAGAGAAGGAAUACACUCUCAUAGAAUUCAUUCAUCACUUUUUCGGUGAAACAUCUGACCUCAUCUUCUCCACUGAUGAAAAGUACAAGAUCACCUUCAUCUUUGAUGGUCUUGAUGAAAGCAGGCUUCCUUUGCAUUUCGGGAUUAAAUGCAUCUACAAUGUAACAGACCCUGCCACAGUGGACGUCCUUCUGACAAACCUCAUCAAAGGGAAUCUGCUCCCCUCUGCUCAAAUAUGGAUCACCUCCCGACCAGCAGCAGCCAAUCAGAUCCCUCCUGAGUGUGUCGACCAGGUGACAGAAGUGAGGGGAUUCACUGACCAACAGAAGGAGAAGUAUUUCCAGAAGAACAUCAAUAAACAAGAAAUGGUCAGCAAAAUCAUCAGACACUUGAAGAGAUCCAGGAGCCUCUACAUCAUGUGCCACAUUCCAGUCUUCUGUUGGAUUGCAGCCACUGUUCUGGUGUCAAUCCUGACCAGAGGCAAGAGUGAUGAGAUUCCAGCUUCUUUGACUCAGAUGUAUAUACACUUUCUGAUCACACAAGUCAAAUACAUUAGUCAGAAGUACAAAGACAUCUGGAACCAGAAGACCAUUCUGUCCCUGGGACGACUAGCUUUUCAGCAGCUGGAGAAGGGCAAUCUGAUCUUUUAUGAAAAAGACAUGAGAGAGUGUGGCAUGGAUGCCAAAGAGGCCUCAGAUUAUUCAGGAGUCUGCACCCAGAUCUUCAGGGAGGAUGAGUCUGGGCUGUACCAGGAGAAGGUGUUCAGCUUUGUUCAUCUGAGCAUUCAGGAGUUCCUGGCAGCUCUAUACGUGUUUCUCUGCAACAGAGACAGAAACAUGUCUGAUCAACAACAAACCUCUGAGCUCUCUGCUCUAUUCAGAGCUGCAACACCUCAUGACCUGCACAAGACUGCAGUGGAUUUGGCCUUGCAGAGGAAAGAUGGAUACCUGGACCUUUUCCUCCGCUUCCUUUUGGGCCUCUCACUGGAGUCCAACCAGAAACACCUACAAGACCUACUGUCACAGAACAGCAGCCAAUCACAGAACUCAUUAGAUACAGUCCAGUAUGUUAAAAAGAAGAUCAGAGGUCAGAGGCGUUCGGAAAGGGGGAUCAACCUGUUCUAUUGUCUGAAUGAGCUGAAUCAGCAUGCUGUAGUGGAACACAUUGACAGGGAGAAAGGACAGCUGUCUGUAAAGAUGCUGUUACCAGGAGAGUGGAAGACUGUGGAAUUCCAGUUGACGAUGUCAGAAGAGCACCUGGAUGGGUUUGACCUGCAGAAAUACCUGAACACCCCAGAGAAAGACCAGACUGAUCUCCUCAGCCCUGAUGAUGUUCUCCAGAAGCUGGUGCCAGUGGUCACAACAUCCAUCAAGGCAGAGUAA